GGAUGGUGGAAAGGUUUCUGUCAAGGCACUGUGAUUUUUUAGCUGCUUAUUAUUUAUUUUAUUUUUUGAAUUUCUGUACCGCCUAAUAUAGAAAUCUGUAGGUGGUGUACAAAUUAACACAUAAUAUAAAAUAUAAACACUUAAAAUUCAUAUAAAACAGAUAAAAGUCACAAUAGAUAAAAGCACAUUAAAAUAAUUAGAUUUCAGUUAAAAGCUUGGGAAAAUAGGUACAUCUUCAGGGUCCUCCUAAAAACAAACAGAGAAGGAGAUGCUCUUAUUUCAGCAGGGAGUGUGUUCCAAAGCCCUGGGGCAGCCACAGAGAAGGCCUGAUCCCAAGUUGCAACCAAAUGAGUUGGCUGCAACCGUAACCAGACCUCUCCAGAUGAUCUUAACAGGCGACAGGGUUCACAACUGCAAAGGCGCUCUCUUAAGUACCCUGAGCCUAAGCCGUUAAGGGCUUUAUAGGAGCCCAGCUAUGGAUCUAGUCUUCCUCGUUAUCAAUGGUGCGGAGAUGAUUUUGGACCUCCUGAUCAUCUUGCUGGAUGUCAACUUCUUCCUUGUUUCGACCUUGGUUUCCACCCUGAUGUGGCUCAUUGCGUUUGUUUACAACCUGCCCGGUGCCUUGGUGGCCUGCGUGAUCCACUGUGGGAAUGGGAUUCUGUUGUCCUUGCUAUGCAUAGUUGAGGCAUUGUAUUACUUGACUCUGGGUUCUGUGCAUACCAUUAUCCACUUACUGCGGGGCUUCUGCUCCAGCAUGGAGAGCCUGAAAGUAGUGGGGCACCUCUUCACCCAUCUGACUUUGAGAAGCAAAGAAAUGAUGCACCGGGGUCUCUGGAACUUGGUUGGAUCUGGCCAGUCGCUUCUGAGGCAGGUGUGUGAAGUGUGUGCCAUCAUUAUGAGCCUCAUCGCUUACUUUGUCAAUAGCAUCAUCAACAUCUGCCUAAUUGGGACCCAAAACUUUUUUUCCCUGGGGCUGGCCUUGUGGGAAACUAUCGUUGGCCCCUUUCUGAGAGUAACGGACAUCUUUGCUGCGUUCCUUGCACGCCUGUCCAGCAGUGCCAUUGCUAUGGUCAUCCUCCUAUGGUCUCCCUGCCAGCUUGCAUUUGAGCUCCUGGUGUCCAUGAGCAAGCUGUUGAUUAACAUCUUCUUCCUCAACCUUUAUGGCUUGGUGUUGCUCUCUGUGAUUGUUGCUACCACCAUCUUAAUCCUCCAUCCUCAGCUGACAUGGACCCUGGCAAAUCAAGUGUCUGGCUAUUUGAACACCAUGCCUUCCUAUCACUGCCUGCGCAGAGACAUGCACCGCGCCUAUCAGGCUGUGCUUUUGUCACUGGAGAUGGUCUUGAGCUCGCAAGCUUGGCGCAGGCUGGCAGACUGGAGUCUCCAAAUAGCCAGCUGGAACAGAGGAGGUGGGGAAGCAAACCACCAUGGGGCACGAGAGCAACAGCUUGCAGCUGAGGCCAACCAAGAGAGGCCAGCAGUGGCCGCUGUGAUUCAUAGACCAGUUCCUGGAGCACCUCACCCAAGAAGACAUGGACCACUUGUGGCUAAUCAGGUUGCAGCCCGCACCCGAGGCAGCAGGGACCAGCAUGGAAUGGAUGUUGAUCUAGGAUCAGCCACACAACGAAGCACGUCGUCAGGGCAGCUCCUCCAGCCUUCAGGUGAAGGACCAAGCACAUCGCAUACCAAACCUGCAACGAAAGAGCAGCUCAAUGCUCUGGAGGAGGACAAUGACCCGUGGCUUCUCCUCAAAGAACAAGAAGAACGGAAGAAAUGUGUCAUCUGCCAGGACCAAACAAAGACAGUCUUGUUGCUUCCCUGCCGGCACCUUUGCCUCUGUCAAGAAUGCACUGAAAUUCUGUUGCAGCAGGCCAUAUACCAGCGCAAUUGUCCACUCUGCCGGCAGAUGAUCCUACAGACUCUCAAUGUCUACCUGUGAGCUCUGUGGGGGAGAGCUUUAUCCACAUUCCUCUAGGCUUUCCAGGCACAUUGGCCAAAUGAGUGGUGCCUCUGUUCCCUCUGCUUUUUGACAGCAGUUGGUGGAAAGCAGCUCUGUGUUGAUCCUUGGCAUCAGCACGGGCUACCCUGUUUUAUUUCCAAAGAACUGUCAUAAUCAGUGUGACUUGGAAUAUAGUAUGGAUGGUUUCUAUGCACUUCUGCUUCCACUUGCUUGUUGCUGCCAUCAGAAAGCACAGUAGCUGUAUGAAACUUCACUGUUCCUAGGAGUGUAGGGGUUUUCAGUUGAGCCAUCAUGCUGAAUAUGCAUAAGUGGGCUUGGAAAAACACCAGGUACCUGCCAGCCAGAGCAGAUAUGGGUAGAUUCCUUGUUGCAGAGGGAGCAAAUGCUGAAAUUCCAGGUAUUGUCAGAUUCCUAUAAACUAUUGUCCAGAACAAAGGAUUUCAUAGCAGGCUUGAUCCCUAAAUAUGUCUGAAAACAAGAUUAGGAUAAUUCCUUCUCUAUGUAUUCUGCUCUUGGGCAUAUGGAAGGGUAGUCUUACCCCAGGAUUUUACAGGAGCUGUGCUUAGCUAUGAUCCUGUAGCUGCACAAGACUUAACAACAGGCUAGCUUCGUUUUCCUCGGCAGAAUGUUGUCUGGUCAACUUAUUAGCAUUCUGUUAGUAGGGAAGUGCCUAUUUCCAGGCCCUCCUCAUCUUUAGUUUCUGACUGGUGCUAUCCACAGAAGGGGGCAUUGUUUAGCUUGCAUGUCUGGAACUGGUGCAUUACAGAGUUCUUUCUUCCAAGAAGCUUGGCCAGUGUGUGUAAGAUCCUAAUGCCCAGAUCCCAUUAACCAUCCUUUGGAUGUGCAGUUGUAAAAGGGCAGUGACAACGCUAUUAAGCGGAAUUACCUCCCCCCCACCCCCAAGAUCUUCUGUGUCUGUUUCAGGGCUUCAGGCCCAGGAGAAAGGCAAGCUGGACAUCAAAUGUGUAGAGCACAGAUGUAGUUUACUGGGGAGUAAAGUCAGGAUCCUGGAGCAUCCAUUGGUGUGUGUAACUUCCACAGGUUACCUAUGCAAAACUAUGACAUUCCAGCCUUGUUGUGCACUGGAUCCCUCCCCCCUUUUGUGUAUGUGGGAAACUGAUGUCGCAAUUAUGUUUUGUUUGCUAACCAAUGAGAAUGUCCUGUCAACAGCGCUGGAGACUGAAUGGUUCAGUUCCAGACCUGCUCAGUCUUGGGUGCUGAGUGAGAUAGCCAGGGAAAAAGCUCUUUAUGACUCUUUGUCUGGGUCAGAUUUGAACAGGGCGGUGACCUCAUCUGGAAAGCCAGGCUCUAGGUCCCAGAGCUUAAGUCCUGAAAGCUGAACUAUUCAGUGUUCCAGGAGCAAGUGCUGUUCCUGGCGCAUGAGGAAAUGUGAUCAUACCUAUGAGGGGAGACUGGCCGGAGUGGUCUGUUUGACUGCUGCACUUAGUAUGAGAAUGAACUUUGGGCUCCCUUCAUUCCAUAGCCGGUCGGCAGUCAACCACAGAAGUACUUAUUGGACAGUGAGAACAAAUCCGAAAACCCAAUGAGCCCAGCAAGUGGCCGUAAUUAGUCUCUCCUGUGUUUGAAUCUUAGAGGCGGGGAAGACAGAUGGCGGUUGACCCUUGGCCAGAACCAGCUGGUUUCUUUAGUGUUUAAAUUGGAAAGAGAAACUGGAUAGGCAUAAAAUCCUGAUGGGGAUCCUUCUUCCCCCUCCCUGCUUUUUUUUGGGGGGGGGGGUGUUCCUAAAUUAUUGAUAGCUGUUCUAAUCAUAAAAGGAGUUUUGCACCUGGGCAGAGAGAAUUUGGCAGCAGGCAUAACGUGAUUAUGCAGUGGAAUAAUGUGGCUUGAUCCCGGCAUGUGAAGAGACCCCCUGUUUCAUUAUCCAUCACAGAAUUUAACAGAAUUAGAAUGUGACUGGCAUCCCAGACCUAGUCAUUUUUGCUUGGAGGUAGUGUCUCUUGAUUUGAAGAGUUUCCCUCCCAGCAAGUGUAGCCUUAGCUACUGUUUGUAGAUGAGAUGCCACAUUCAAAAUGUGCCACCAAGUUCCACCAUUGUGACUCGAACAGUGUUCCCUCUAACAGGAAUUCCCAGAUGUUGACUACAACUCCCAUAAUCCCUAAGCGAAGACUGUUGCAGCUGGAGAUGCUGGGAGUUGUAGUAAACAUCUGGGAAUGCCUGUUAGAGGGCUCGAGGCAGCACGCUUUGGUGCCAGACAUGGGCAGUGUACUCAGGAGCUCUCACUUUUGUGAUGUUGCUUGGUGAUCUCUGGGGGGGUUGCGCAUCUCCUGCCCCAAAUGCUUCAGGGGCUGAACUUCACUUUGUAAAAGGAGAGUGGACAGCUCUGGAUUUUCCAGUCUUGAAGAGAAGGGCGCCUAUCUUUCCACAGCACACUACCUGCUAAGUCCAUUACUUUUUAAAAAGCAAUAUUUUAAGGGCGAUCGCUCAUGCCAUUUGAAAACCAGGCAGAAAUGCCUCCUGUCUCUUAGGGUUCCAUUUAACAUCCAUUUGUGAAAGAAGCUGCUAGAAAGAUUAAUAAACCAGAGUUUGCCCUGGUUUGUAUGCAUAUUGUGUAAGGCAGAAGAAGGUGUAGACCUCUGCAGUCUCUGGACCAGUUCGCAUAACAUUCUACUAUAUAUCAUUCCCCCACCCUUUACUUAAAAAACAAACCAACAAACCCAGUGUUCUUUUUGUUCUGUGGCAUUUACUCCAAAAUGUUGCUUUUUUGCUGAAAUUGGAAUUGGUGUGUAUGUGUGUUUUCUCCCCCUUUUGUUUUUUGCAGUUUCAAAUUGCGGGGGGGAUGUGUUUAAAUCCCCCAAAUCUGUUGAGUUUUUAUUUAGUUGCAAACUUUUCUGGGUUUUGCUUUAAUUUUUAAUUUUUUAAUCCCAGGGUGAAGUCAGCCCAGCAUAAGAGAGCUUGUGCUGAGUUCAUUGGACUGAAGGAGUGCCGAGGCACCACUCUGAUCGAUAUGCGCGGCACUUGGUGUGCUGCCAAAGAUUUGGGCGUUUAAAAAUUGAUUGGAGCAAGUGCUAAACCGCGUGCCUUAAUGGUGGCAAGUCAGACGGAGCAGGGAGCGGAAGGCAAAUGCAAAGCCAGGAAACUCAAAUGCGCUUGUCAAUGGGUGGGCAGGUGAAGGUAUAAGAGGACCAACCUCAGCAGCGACAGGACAAGUCUGGACUAGAUGGGCAAUAGAAUAAGGUGGGAGCAUCUUGUGGUGCUCGAGUGGGCUGUACCAUUUCAUGUUGCAGCCGGUAAGCAGCAUUCUUGAAUGCUCCCCCAUAUAUUAAAACAAAACUCCCUACAAGUAAACAGGCUAGCACAUCAGGCAUAAAGGUUCUAGUCCAGCCUCCCCCUCUCUCUCCACUAAUUUGGGGACUUAUAUAGGUAAGCAUUCAAAAAUGGUCCCUCCCCCACACGCUGAAGGGGUACAAUCUAUUCUACCCCCUCAGGGCACUUCUAUCUCCUUCUGCCAUAUGUGGGGUGGCUCUCUUUAUCCUCCCAGGGUGAUGCUGACCUGUACUAGGAAUCUAGAGAGAUUGUACUAGGAGUAGAGCAAGCAGGCUUCAAAUAAUAUGCAAUUCUUCUCUUCCACCUGUCUCCGGAGAACUUUAUUCCAGCCUUUCUAGUGCUCAAGAGUUUAUUGCACACUACAGGGGAUAGAGGGAGGAUUGGGGACGGGGAGUGGGUGGGCGGGAACGUUCUACAGCAAAAGUCUCCCUCCUGUCCUUGUGAAGCUAACUGCUCACUCAGGCAGGGGUUCUCCAACUUGGGUCCCUGGGCCAGUGUUCCCUCUUAACAGGGAUUCCCAGAUGUUGUUGACUACAACUCCCAGAAUCCCCAGCCAAAGGCCAUUACAUCAGGGGAUGCUGGGAGUUGUAGUCAGCAACAUCUGGGAAUCCCAGUUAGAAGGAACACUGGUCCCCAGAUGUUGUUGGACUACAACUUCCAUCAUCCCCAGCCACAGAGGCCUUUGGCUGUUAUGGCUGGGGUGAUGGGAGUUGUAGUCUAGCAACAUCUGGGAUUCAAGUAUGAGAGCUCCUGUGCUAACUCCUAAUUUGUGCCUUGUUAAAACUGCUGCACAUUCUGAUCAUCUUUCCAGGUAUUGUUUUAUGAAAAACGCAGAUGUCUGACUGCCUCUUCCUACCCAGUACCUGCUCCAAGCCCUCCUCACAAUGCUGUUGCAGUUGCCUAUCUGCUGCCUCCCGAGGGGCUGUUUCUUUGCUUGUGUGGCGUGGGCAGAGCCCACUCUGCACUAUGUCAAUGAUUCUUUGCAAAUUAAAAGUGUUCCUUUUCACAA